AUGGAUGAUGAAGCUAUAAUGAGUACUGAGUUUGAUAGUAAGGAUAACGAAUUUCAUAGUGAGGAUGAUUCAACUAAAACAAUGUUUGAUGAGAAACCUUUGAUAGAUGGUGUGGAAGUGAACAUGAUCAAUUGUUAUACCGUAGUUGAUGAAGACAUUGACUUGGGGCAUCCUGAUCAGACAAACAAUAAUAAAGAGGUAUACGAAGAUAAUGAAAAUGAACCUUCAGAAGUUUUAGAUAAUGAUAUGUUUGAGUCAGUUGCUAGUGAACAAGAAAUGUAUGAUAAGCUGAAAAAUGGGUCAGAAUGUGGAGAUCUCGAGGAUUGGGUGAAUAAAUGCUACUAG